UGUAACUCAAAACCCUUUCGAGUUCCUGUUUUUUUUUAAAAAAAAACCCGAAGGUGCAGCAGAUUACAGCGUGUGAAUCUUUUAGACCAUCUAUCUGCACUUAUGUUUUAUGUAUUGACCAUGGAACUGACUAACUCAUCCAAUGCACUGAAUUCAUCACUCAACUGCAGUCUUCCCUAUGAAAAUGACCGACUUCCACUUCUGAUUCUGUAUGGCAUUGUCUGCACUGUGGGAGUACCUGCUAACAUUGUCACCAUCUAUCUCACUUUCCUCGAGGUGCAAAAGAAGAACGUGUUGGGAAUCUACCUGCUGAGUCUGUCUGUGUGUGAUCUGAUGUACUUAGGAACGCUACCUACAUGGGCUGUUUACAUACACCAUGGCCAUCAAUGGCACUUGAGCUCUCUGGCUUGUAAAAUAACGGGCUACGUCUUCUUUAAUAACAUGUAUGUCAGCAUCUUCCUUUUGUGCUGUGUGUCUGUGGACCGUUACAUCGCUGUGGUGCAUUCAUUAAAAUCUCGAGGUCUCAGGCAGAUGAAAUGGGCUGUGAUGGUCACCUCAGUGGUUGUAAUAGUGGUGGCUCUGGUCCACAUUCCAGUGUUUACCAUGAGAGAGGGUGAAACGGAGAUGAAUGGGGAAAAGCGGUGCUUUGAGCCUGGACAGAAAACAGCCAUUGUGACUGCCUUCAACUACGCCCGCUUUGUUAUCGGUUUCUUCAUUCCACUGUGCAUUCUGCUGGUCACCAACCGUGCCAUUCUCUCUAUAGUCCAGGCCAGUGAUGGCUUGAGUUCAGAGCAGAAGAUCAAAGUUCGUUACCUGGUUCUGGCAGUAAUCCUGUUCUUCCUGGUCUGCUUUGCCCCCUAUCAUAUUAUUCUUUUUCUACGGGCCGUCAGUUUUCAUUUCUCACAAAGACAUUGUACCUUUGACACAGCACUUUACUCACCUUACAGUAUCUCUCUGGGACUGUCCACAAUUAAUAGUGCUAUGAAUCCAAUUCUGUACGUGCUGGCCAGUGACAACAUGCGCAAGGAGGUCUGCAUAAGCAAGUGCUGCCUAUGCAGUGGCCUCUGUUCUAGACAGGAGACAGGACCAGCCCUGUUAUCACACGGGGACGAUCAGAGAAAGCGUCCUGGGCUGAGGUCAAGUGGGGGGACACAGGAGGGUUUAGUGCUCCAAUGACAUGCAGAAUAAAACCAUAUUAAAUACGUUUAUUUGAUACAUGAACUAUUUAUGUUUAGCCGGGGGGUGUGUGUGUGUGUGUUCUUGGGGGCUCUUUUUAAAUUGUUUUUUCUUUUCAUGCAUGGCGGGGCUGAAUAGGAAGUAUGCAAUAAAACAUGGGACUGCACUAACAGUAACCUUUUCCUGACCUGGGUUUAAAUUCCCCAAACUGGUGAUUUUAAAUUUUCAUUUUGGGAAAAAAUGCUCAAACAUUCAACAAAUUUUAGGUGUUUUUAUUUAUGACUAUAAGUCAUUUGAUAAUCUUGCUAAGAGAGAUGAAUCUUCCUAUGAAUCAUAUAAUAUCAGUGAAAUGGUUUGCCUCACAGGCCUGUACAUUUCCCUGCCUCUCUGUUACACUAAAAGCAACAGUCUUGAAAUGUUAAAACCACACCUCUUGCUUUAACAGGAAAUGAUUUGAUGUACUAAAAGGAACAAAAGGUUUUUUGCUUAUGGAUGUGCCCCCAGACACGUGUACAGCAUAUGCUGCCAUUGAGUACAGUCACAUUGCAAAAUUACACUGAAUAAAUAAAAGCCCUAUCAAGUGGUUCUGCUUCUGUAUCUGUAAUAUGAAUGGUUAUGACCACAACAGUUCCAGAUAAGCACACUUCUGAUCUAUCUUAACAAUAGACCCUUUAUAGACUUUUAAGCACAACAAUUAUUGCCAUUGCAUUCUUAAAAUUUAUGUUCAAGCCAUGCUGCAAAACAAUACACUUAGUUCAGUCAUUAUUUAAUAUACUUAAAUUAUUAACUUCAGAAUGAAGCCUGCUACAUACUGUAAGUCAUUAAGUAUGUAGCUUAAGUAAGUAAAAUUAAAAUGCAAAGCUGCAGUUUUCGCACAGGCUUACUUAAAUGGACAACUGAAGAUGGGGGAAAAAGGCCAGACAAUUUUUCCUUUCUAGGAAAAACAACCGUCCAGUUACAGCUUCAAAUUCUUGAGUGUAACCCAACAAGAGGAAUCUGCUGUUGUAAUCCAUUUGCCUUAAGGUUCGACAUGAAAUGCUUUUCUUUUCACCAUGGUUGUAGAGAGUGGUUUUUUGAGUUACUAUAGACUUAUUGUAAGCUCGACUCACUCUGUGUAAACUCUAGAGACUGUUGUGGAGAUCAGUAGAAAUACUGAUCCGAAAUACUCAAGCCAGCCUGUCCGGCACCAACAUCCAUGCCAUGGUCAAAGUCACAGAGAUCAUAUUUUUUCCUCAUUCUGAUGUUUGAUGGAGGCAUUAACUGAAGCUCUGUGGCACUGCUGCCACAUGAUUGGCAGAUUGGAUAAUUGCACGAAUGAGCAGGCGUACAGGUUUUCCUAAUAAAGUGGACGGUGGGUGUAUAUUUGAUGACCAAUGGGGGACACAAUACUUUUUAAAUACAAUUUUUAACAAGACUAAAAAUAGACCAGAACAUAAAGUGUUAUGUAUACAAGGGGAAAAUCCUAAUAACUGAAUAUUUCUUCUUUGGAAGGUAGAAAGAAACCCAUAUAGGUAGAUCUAUGUGCCCUAUGACAAAUUGACUAAUGAAAUAUUGAUAAAGAGGGAGGGGAGACCAUUAAGGAUUUUGUCCACUGAGAGUGUCUGGUGCAUACUGCAUUUCUGAAGCCAUUCUACCAUUGACUGCUGGUGCAACAUGUACACUGCAAUCACAUCCUGUUUUGCAAGCUCUGGGAAGUUUUUGAUAUUUCUGAAUUUCGGUCUUGUGUCAGUUCAGAAUGUCUGUAUUCACUGCACACUUCACAUAGGACUACUGCAAUGUCUACUAUUUUGAUACCUGCUGAGCGACUACCUCAUACUGGUAAUCCUUACAGAAGAAUCACAUACAUUCCACAUGCAAUCAGGAGUUUUUCCUCUUUUUUUUUUUUUUUUUUUUUUUUUUUUUUAACAUGUGAAAAACAUGUGAGGGUUCAUUUCAACCUGUUUUGCCCUGAAGUUGCACAUGUGAAUUCAUGUGGCACCAUGUGAACAAUAUGGAAUCAAACUAGUCAUGUGAAGAGAUAAAAUGUGGGGGUAAAAAUAAAAUAAAAUGUGAUUAAAUGUGCAAAAACAAAAUAUGAAAACUUAUUAUUUAUUAUCUAAUUAAUCAAUUGACAAGUGGUUCAGGUGAUUAUUCACAUGUGAACUUCAUGCAAAUUUUCUGAAACGGAAAAUUUGAAGUAGACUCCUGCCAUCUGCUUCUGUUCUUUCUAUCUGAAGGCUUUGUUGUUUGCUGUAUCAUGAGCUUUACUUUAAAGAAAUGUAUUGUAUGUUAUCAUAUCUUCAGACAAGGCAGUUGUUGUCACUGUUAUAGUGUUCUUGUUGUCUAAAAGUCAACCUUAGGUAACUACCCAGGAAAAGGAUCUUACCACAUGAAAGAGUUGUACUCUUCCCCACAUCAUUAUACAUAUUAUACUAUACAUUAUUCAAUACAAUUACCAGCAUAUUUAGCAAGAUGCUAAAUAUGGUUUUGAAUAUGUUCUAAUAAAAUUGUAAUUAAUUUGCC